CUGUUCAGUGGCUGUGGUGGGGCACUAGACUGACUAUUCAUAAAAGUGCCUGAAAAAUACAGUUGAGGAUGGACAGUGCACACAACUCGACGUCGACGGUGAAGAGUGACUGCCUGGAUAGAGAGGUUUCCUUUCUUUACUAAUCUGUGUAGUAGGGGCAGGCUUAGUGAUGUCAGUCUGAGAGUAAUAGAUAAAACGUUUCAGCGCGUUGGUUUGAUCUUCUGAAUAGGCUAUGGAGGAAAGCGAGACUGGCGGUUCAUCAGUGCAGAAAAUAUAUCCACAAUUUCAAAAGGGCAUACAAGAGGACUUUACGCGCGCUUGAAGGUGAUUUAAUGAACCAUUUUUUAACAGGACCAGCAGAGCAUUUAGUCUGAUUCCCAUUGACUUGCUUCUUGUCUCAUAUCUUGCUGUUACUUUUUAACUAAAUGCAGGGAAAGGAAAUAGCAAAUAAAUAACAAUAGUUGAUGGUUAGGUUACUUAUAUUUCUGCCAUUGUGUAGCCUAUGACUGCAUUUAAGGUUUAUCUUUCGAUAAAGCUUACCUUUACGUUAUGUGACUUCAUAGUAUAGUCCUUGAAUGAGAAAUAUUGGCUUAAAAACCUCAGCCAGCUUGUUCAUUGUUUUGGUCACCCCUGCAUCCUUCUCACAGGGUGAAUUUUAAGUUAACAACAACGGACACUAUCGAAAAUAGCGCACAAGGAGGAGAUUGGUGGCAAGACAUGAACUAACCUUUAUUUUUGCGCGGAAUGGAUGAAAACAUUGAAAGCAUCACGUGAAUGAUCCUAUAUUUAAAAUAAUAAAAAGAGAAAUCCAACCAGGGACAAUAGUCUUCCAACUGAAUUCUAUGGACAAGCAGAUCGACUGAAAGUAACCAUAUUUCACAAUUUCAUUCCAAAUUCAAAAUUGAUGCUGCAAAAUACAGUAACCUAAUGACAAUACUUUCAUCCUAUUCAAACAGGCAGUGUUAUGGUAGGUUGCUCUGACCGUCACUUUCCCUAAAAAAGUGUCAGGUUCACAGUGCAGCAGGUUUUAAAGGCGAGUUGAUGUGAUGCGCGCAGUGGAGGCUAGAUGAGAGGCAAGUUGUAGUUUUGUUUAGACCGGCGAAAUAGCCAGAAGCUUUUAUAAACUAAAUAUACAUUGAACCUCCAUAUGCAACAUCCUGAAGAUUUUGCACUCAGUCAAUGUAACAUACUGCUACAGUUUUCUCUUUGAGUGCACUGACAAGCUUCUAUUUAGCCACUUUUGAAGUCUGGAAGGAAAACUGCUAUCUUGAUGAAAGUAUGCAUGGCACACCUGCCUUGUAAACACAUGUGAAUUAAAUUGAUGAAUGCAUAACUGGCAUUGACUGCAUUGCACUAAAUAGACCAGUCCAAACAAAAAUAGGCAAUUGCUUUUGCAAAAAAUAGGAUACCUGUUAAAAAAAUUGAAUCCUUGGAUUUAUUAUAGUACUAUUAGUUGAGAAAUAGACAGUUACCCACUUAUCACUAGUUUAUGUAAUGGGGAAUAGGGGGUUUAAUCACAUCUGAUCUUGCUGCUGUAUUCAACUUUAUAUCGAAGAAGACAGGGUUCCAGAACUGAAAACAUUCCAAAACAACAAUUCCAAAUCUAAACUCCAAAAUGUUGUUUGUUAGACUACUGGCUGUUGUCCUCAUAAUGAUCAACACAUGGCUGCUAAACUCUGCUCAAUCAGAUCAUAUCCAAAGAUACAAACGCUCAAUGGCUCAGAGAGCUGACAGUGAACUGGCUCACUUAGCAAGUGAACAGUGCAGGUCCACCAGACAACCGAGACAAGCAGCAUACUCAGCAUUAGUUCCACAUCUCCCUCCAGUGGCUCACCCAAGGAGAUACACCACAAGGCAAAGUGGUCUCUAUCAUAUAACUCAUCUUGAGGAGUCCUCCUGUUCAGGUGGGUGCAAUUCGGAUGCUAAUUCUAACCCGGGACUGGAUAGUGCCUCUCAUUGGGGCAAAGGUGAGAAGAAGGUUAGUCGGGGAAACUCAGAGGCAAUGAUAUCCAAAGACAAGGAGGAGAGACAUGUUAAGAUUAUAGGGAUGGUCAUUUCUCCUCACCCCAACUUCCGCAGAAAGCCUCCCAGUCGGGCUGAUGUGACAGUGGACUCAAGCAGUGACAAUGACAAACCAGAGGUUGAUGGUGGGCAUUCUGAGGGCCCACACAAGCAGCUGCUGCUCAAGAAGCAGCAGAGCGUUCUGACUGGAAGGGUCCGCCGUACCCUUACAGUCUCACAUGGUGAAGACAGUUGGGCAGCUUUCCCUGAGAGCAUAUUAAAGUCCCGCGGGAUAUUCUCUACAUUUCGGCAGCACAGUGACUAUUCUGCUGAGAUUGAGGACUACCCUGGGGAGCAGGAGGGACCACCUAGCCGCGCCAGCACGUUGUGGGGUGCCCAGAUUCCAGACGUCCCCCCUAAGUGGAUGUCUGCUUUGUACUUUAGUGGACAGAAGGAACAACUGAGGGUCAAUCCAGCAGCUGGCAUUGAGCUUCCUCGGGCUAAGUUCAGUGUUGAACUGUGGGUCAACCCAGAGGGUGGGCAGACUAACCCAGCCAUCAUAGCAGGAGUUUUUGACAACUGCUCCCACUCCUUAAGUGAGAAAGGAUGGUCCAUAGGUAUUCGCACAGUAAAGCCCGGUGGAAGAAAAGAUGCCAGAUUCUUUUUUACACUCCGUACAGACCGAGCUCCCAAAGCUACGACUAUCUAUGGGCAUCAGCGCUACCACCCUAACUCCUGGACUCACCUGAUGGCCAGCUACAAUGGCCACAAGAUGAAACUCUACAUAGAUGGUGCCAAGGUUGGGGAGAGCAGUUUGCAGUCUGGUAACCUCUACAGCCCAUUCAUGGAGACCUGUCGAACACUUCUUUUAGGUGGGGACCAGUCAGACCUUGGGCACAACUUCCGAGGGUACAUCGGAGGCAUUGUGUUAUGGGUGCUCCCUCGCACUCACGAGGACCUCCUUAAAGGGCCUUCACGGAUUGAUAAGAGGGAACCAAACCUCGCUCUCUGGGCGGACUUCUCCAAGGUAGAGCAACAGUGGAGUCCUCAUAAGGAGGGCUACCACCCAUCCAUAGUCAUCAUCCCUAUCCCUGAGCAGGAGCAUGUGUCCCCCUUUCUGCCCCCUCCCUGUGGAUUAACAACCUGUGACAACACAGACAUCAUCCUCGGCUACAAUAACCACUGGCAGCUGCGCACAGAGAAAAGGAUCCGCUACCGCAUUGUCAACAUCUGUAACGACGACGGAAGUCAUCCCACUGUCUCUCAGGCCCAGAUCCAGAUGCAGCACCAGGCACUUGUCGAAGCCUUCCGGUCCUACAACAUCAGCUUGGAGCUGAGCACGCAUAAUGUCCAGAACACAUCUGUACGCCAGCGCUUCAUCCUCAGCAACUGCCGGAUCAGUAAGAUUGGUAACAGGCACUGUGACGCGGAGUGUGACCACCCACUGACGGGCCACGAUGGUGGGGACUGUCUGCGUCUGGGGCCCUGCUACAACUGGAAGAGGAGGGACGGGGUCUGCAACACAGAGUGCAACAGCAUCCACUACGACUACGAUGAUGGAGACUGUUGUGAUCCUGAGGUCACGGAUGUCCUGAAGACAUGCUUCGAUCCAGAGUCCCCAGAUAGAGCCUAUAUGAGUGUGAAGGAACUGAAAGAGUUGUUACACCUGAGCAGCACAGACACCCUCAAUGUUUUCUUUGCCAACAACUCAGCCCGUGAAGAGUUAGCAGGGGCUGCAACCUGGCCAUGGGCAAAGGAGGCCCUCAACCAUCAGGGUGGAAUGGUGAUGAAUCCAUCCUACUUUGGCACCAUCGGACACAAUAACACAAUGAUCCAUGAGAUGGGCCAUAUCUUUGGACUGUACCAUGUCUUCAAGGGGGUCAGUGAGCGGGAGUCCUGUGAUGACCCGUGUCGGGAGACCACUCCCUCCAUGGAGACAGGAGACCUAUGUGCAGACACGGCCCCUACACCCAAGUCUAAGGCCUGCCACGACCCUGGUCAUGUCAAUGACACCUGUGGGAUAACGCUCUACCAGGACACACCGUACAACAACUACAUGAGUUACACAGACGAUAACUGCACCAACCAUUUCACACCAAAUCAAGUAGCUCGGAUGCAUUGUUAUAUGGAUCUAGUCUACGAGAACUGGCUGAACAACAGAAGGCCCUCCCCCAUCCCUCUCAAGCCCAUGGUGAUUCGACAGAGCUCAGACUCUGUCUCCAUUCAUUGGCUGCCACCUGUAAGGGGGCCACUUCAUCAAAGUUCCCCUACAGUGGAUAGUGUAAACUGCAGGUACUGUGAGGCAGACGGUGUGUUCCAUCAGUAUGCCUAUGAGGCCACCUCACCCCGGGUCUGUGACUCCUCCGGAUACUGGACACCUGAAGAAGCUAUUGGCCCUCCAGAUGUAUACCAGCCAUGUGAGCCCAGCCUACAGGCCUGGAGUCCAGAGCUCAGCCUGUAUGAUGCCAAUGUGACGUCUCCCUGCCCUGAAACCGAAGGCUGCGUCCUGAUGCUGAGCUUCCUCCACCCUGUGGUCCCUGACAGCCUCACUGUGUGGGUCACAUACGUCUCAGCCGAUAACCAGGCGAUCGCCAACAUCGAGCUAAUAACAGACACAGACGAGUCUCUUGACAUGGGUCCACAGCACGUCUUCUGUGAUGUGCCCCUCACUCUACGUGUGCACACCGAAAAAAGGGUGGCAGCUGUCAAACUGAGCACCUUUGAUGAGAAGAUGGAGAUUGAUGCUAUCCUGUUCACUUCUGGCCCCCACAAUCCUCUCUGCUCCAGUUGCCAGCCUCUGAUCUACCGAGUUGUCAGGCAACCGGCGUUUUCAGGCGAUCUGGUCCAGCAAACUCUGCUUACAUUUACAGACAGCGACGUUGUAAAGGACAAGGAAUACCAGUACAGAGUUCAGGUGGAAGCAGACGGUCUCCUCAGUGAGCUCUCCCCACCUCUCCUCUACACCCAUGGAGCUGCCUACUGCGGUGACGGACUACUCCAGGGGACAGAAGACUGUGAUGAUGGCAAUCUGUUGGAUGGUGAUGGCUGCUCUAAGAAGUGCCACAUGGAGUCAGGCUUCAAUUGCAAUGAUGAACCCAGCCUGUGCUACGUGUUUGAGGGUGAUGGUGUGUGUGAGGUGUUUGAGAGGGGCUCCAGCGUACAGGACUGUGGUUACUUCACCCCUCAUGGGUACAGUGACCAGUGGGCUUCAACCGCAGCAGCUUCCUAUCAGGAUCAAAGCAGCUGCCCUGCCCUGGGAGCCACCGGAGAGCCCUCACUUAGCAAGCUAUGCAAGCCCCAGUACCUGGAGAUGAAUGAGAAGCCGUCACUUGACAUAUGGUUUCCAUGCACGGCCCAGUCAUACACUCAGACCCACUAUGGCGAGGAAGAUACAGUAUGGCUAAAGGUGGGAUUUGCGCAACCUGGAGUCGCCACGUCUGUCAUCAUCUAUCUGGCCUCAGACGGAGCCUGGCCUGGAGAGCAGUGCAGGAAAACAGUCUUCAUCCAACUGUGUGAUACUGGUGGCAGAAACCACUCCUUGGGUUCCUUUGAGCUGUCGUGCCAACAGAAUCCCUUGGUGGUGAACGUGACACACAACCUGAGUCAACCCUUCUUCCUGACUACCGCUGUCAUCCUCAACUUCUCCUCGCCCUUCGUUGCCGUGACGGGAGUCGCUCUGCGCACAUCAUGUCACUUCAGCGCCUUUGCCCUCACUAGCUGUUCACGACGGCCCUGCCAGAUGGACACAUGCAGUCCUCCUCAGCUGGAGCAUGCCUCUGUCACCUGCAGCCCCGGGACAGAGAGGACUGAGUCCUCUCACUGCACUGUCCACUGUCAUCAAGGUUUUACCCUCACUGUGCUCAGUGGCAAGGGCCAUCCACCCUUUCAGCGAGAAACGGAGCUUCAGUGUGUACAUGGAGCAUGGGACCGUGUUGUGAGCUGUCAGCCAAUCGACUGUGGCCCCCCUGACCAGUCUCAUGUCUACUUUGCUGUCUUCAGCUGCCCCUGGGGCACAACAUUUGGCAAACAGUGCUCUUUCACCUGCAACCCCCCCGCCAUACUCCAGGGAGACAGUGAUAGGUUGGUGUGUUUAGAUGAUGGUCUAUGGUCCUUCCCUGAAGCCUACUGUAAGAUAGAGUGCUCAGAGCCUCCAACAGUACCCAACGCCAAGCUCCUAGUGCCCCAGUGCGAAGGUACAGGGCAUGAUGUGGGUACCGUAUGCCGUUACAAAUGUAACCCAGGUUGCUAUGUUACUGGCAGCCUAAAAACAAAGUCCAGAAAAAGGUUUCUGAAGGUGGAGUGUGUAGAGGGGGGCCAGUGGGAGGAGGGGGGCUGUGAACCCAUUCCCUGUCCAUCUCUACCUGCUGUCUAUGAGGGCAUGUUCACCUGCACCAACGGCAGGCACUACAACAGCCUCUGUACCCUCCAGUGUCCUCACGCCUCGGAAAAUCACACAAUUCGCUGCACUAAAGAUGGCGAGUGGACAGAGAAGUUCACAAUGUGUACAAGGUUGAAUGAAGCCUGCCCACCUCCACCUGAUGUCAGUUGGGUUCAGUAUGCCUGUGAUGAGGGCUUCAGUGUUGGUGCAGUUUGCUACCCAACAUGCAGUGCGGCCUUACAUGACCCAGUGGUUCUAGCCAAUAGCACCACAGCCGACAGCGUCAAGCACUGGAUGCUGCCAGGCAGGGUUCAGGACAUUGUUUGCACAGGAAUGACGAGGUGGCAUCCUGACCCCAAACUCAUCCACUGUAUCCAGUCAUGUGAGCCCUUUGGGGGAGAUGGUUGGUGUGACACCAUCAACAACAGGGCCUACUGCGAGUAUGAUGGAGGGGACUGCUGUCCAUCCACCCUCUCAACCAGAAAGGUCAUUCAGUUUGGGGCCGACUGUGAUCAGGAUGAAUGCACUUGCCGUGAUCCAAAUGCAGAGGAGAACAAGAGCAAAGCCAAAUACUUGGAAGCAGGACUGUUAUGAACGAUGGAACGGGAUAGGCCAAGGCUGGCUCACAAUGAAACAACAAGAUGAACUUCACCCCUGGACAUGAUGUAUUUCCAGUUUGUUUUCCUAUUAGAGAGCAAUGAAGGCUAUCUCUUAACCAAAAAUAAAAACAGUGUUUCAAGAUUGUAGCUUUUAGGAUUUCAACACAAUAACUAAUCUGUAAAGACGACUAACAUGUAUAGAAUAAUAUAUUUGGGCAAUCUCUAAUGUCGCAUGUAGAUGUAGUUACGGAGGUCUACAGUAUUUCAACAUCAUAUCACAUAAUACACAUGUAAGCAUAUCAUAGGUACCUAACUUAACACUUUAUGCUUAGAGAGUUUUAAGAUGUAGCAGUUUUCUCAAGAAAUAUUCUAAACAAAUAUUAUACCUAAGUGUCGUCUUGUUCUGUGUGAUACUAUACUGUAUUUUACUCUUGAUAUUGAAUAAACUGUAACUUUGUCAGAUGCUGAUUUUA